AUGGCCGAUAGCACACUUACUUCCAGUGCUGAAGUCGGCGCCCAAGCUAUCAAUCUACGUGCAGAAUUGAAAACAUGGGAGAAAGCCUUCGCAUCGGCCAAUGGGGGCCGCAAAGCCGGACGCGAUGAUAUUAAACAAAGCGCGGAUAUCGCGGCUAAGUACAAAGAAUACAGUCGCCUCAAGGCCCUUGAGGCUUCCCUAAGCCGGCGCGAAAACAGUCAACAAGAGCCAUAUGACAGUCACUCGAAAAAGCGGAAACAUGCAUCACCCCCUGGUCAGGAUGGUACACAUCUUCAAGUCACACCCCGAAAAUCGUCCAGAGGACUAUUUGCGACUCCUAAUAAUCGUGUCAAGCAUCAUCAUCCUGCACAACUUGAUCCGUAUGACUCGCCGUCGACGCUUCGCAGACUAUUUAGUCCCACUACACACCAGCAAGGGCUACCAGCGCCGUCACCACUCAAGGUCGCAAUUGGGCCUACACCUCAGCGUGAUGGAAAGACGUUGGGCCUGUUCGACAUGCUAUCUGAAUCUGGUGGGAGUAGUGGAAUGCCUUCCUCCACAAGGAAGGCGAAUAACCUAGCUGCUGCAUUCCGAACACCAUCUAAACGAAGGCCUGUGAACACUAUCCUUGAGGCCCCGGAAGAAGAGGCUCAACAGGAGACACCCAGGCUUGCGCGAACCCCUGCGUCAGAGACAAAGCAGUUCUAUCUUGCAAAUCUAUUCGCAACACCGACGACGAUGCGUUAUGCCGCCAUAGUAGAAGCAGAGGAUGACGCAGAUGCACAGAAGAGAAAUUUGCUAAACCCAGCGCCUGAAUUAUCACCCCAAGAAGCACAGUCUGGGACACCGUCUUUCCUGCGUCGCUCCAAUUCUGGUCGAUAUCCACCACCUAGCGCAAAACAUGAUGGUCCAGGACUCAGUCCUAUUGUUUCGCGCAAGCCUCAAAGAUUCGCUAGCAAGGGGUUAACGCAUUUGGUCCAAGGACUGCGGGACAUGGAGGAGGAUCGUAUGGAAGAUGACUGGGAUGUGAUGCGCGAGAUGGAGGAAGAGGCAGAGGCACAAGAAGCUGCCAAUAUCCAGGUCGAGGAUAGUCAAGGACCGGACAAGAACCGGAAGUACAAGAAGAAGGGCCAGAAGCGGACGACACGAAGGGUCACCAUGAGACCUGUUAUCCAUCAACCGAAGCCGAAAUCAAAUCCAGCUUCUGCGACGAAUGAGGACUGGGACUACGAGGAUGAUGUCACAGCAGUUGCGGAGACGCAACAGCCAACCGUUGCUAGUGACGGCUGGGACGAUGUCCCGAGUGAUAUUGAGCGUGCGGAAGAGGCCGCUCCCCCUCAUACUAUGUUAGAGCCCGAGCUUGAUACUGAUGUCGAGUUUGAUCCAGACUCGGACGAUGAUCCCGAGUUCAGAGAACAGCUGAAACCUGCUGCCAGACCGAUGUCUUUCUCGGAGAGAAUCAAGGAAGCUGUUUCGUCUGCUGCCAAGCCACAGGAACAAGAACCCUUGGGCGAACCUCCGAAGAAGCCUUCCGAGACUGCUGAAGCAAAGAAACCUCGUGCCCGGAAGAUCAAUCCUGCAGCCCAUGCGAACUAUCGAUCAAUAAGCAUCAAUAGAGGAGGCUCCUCGCGGAGUAGAGGGCGUUUCCGUCGGAAGUAA